UAAAAAGCCAACCAAUCUACCAACCUUUCAUUUAGUCUACGUUCUGAAAUUUUACGUCAACAAUUGAUGGAUGCUCAAUAUUUUAACUGCCCCGUUUUGGAGUGAACGAGCAAUCAACGGAACGAGCAAUUUCCGGGCUUAGUUAAUCCAUAUAACGAGUAAAUGAAUUUUGAUUAAGUAUUGUAUUUGACCAUAGCCUGUGGAUUAUGUUUACAAUGUAGGUGUGAAGAUGAAGAAAGAAUGGUAUCAAGUACUGUGAUGUAAAAGAGAAUAAGCAAUGCUAGGAAGAGGAAACCAGAAAUUAGGUUGACAGUAUAAGGAGUCGUGAAACAGUGCGCAUAUCUUGGAAUGCUUAUACCGGUGGUAUCGAGCACCUGGGGCUGGGGAUUCUACGCUCUCUUCUUAUUCGUUCUCGUCACCCCCAGUCCUGCUGCUAUUCGCAAAGCGGAUCGAGAUCAUUGCAACAAAACAGUAGGGGUAAAUGAAGAUGUAUCGAGUCCGGCUGUGACAUCAGUAAACUGGGGAAAACCAUUGUCUUGCUCGUAUCGUUUCCGUUCAUUUCGUGGUACUCCACAAGAUUGGAUCCUACGAGUGCGUUUCAAAAAAUUUAAAGUUGGUGUAUUAGAAAAUGCAACUACAUGUUCCGGAGGUUAUUUACAGAUCGUAGAUGGAAAUGUGAAAACAAAUAUCACCAAUCGGGAAGAUCCUGGAGUUUACUGCGGUGAAUUGGAACAACCGCAAACAUUUAUUUCCGAAACGAGUUUCGUUCGUGUGAUAUUCCAUGCAGACAACUUCACCGAUCAAACAUAUUUUAGUUUCGACUCUCGCGCGGAACAACAAUUUGACGUAUACUUAAGGUUCGGCCAACAUCCAGAACUUUAUCCGAACCGAAGGGGCACAAUCGUAUCCGGCAGCUAUUGCGAACGAGUUUUCGAAAAUUGUAGACUACAAACGUGUUAUGUACAGAGCCCAGCUUAUCCGGGUAUUUACCCGCGUGCAUUACAUUGUAAGUAUCGACUUAAUACACGGGCGCCUUAUAUAAAAUUGUACAUUGAGAACAAAGAGUUCAAUAUCGACGGGCAAAGAUGCGAAAACAUAAUGACUUGUCCCAUGAGACCAAUAAGUUCUGGCUCAGAGCAUUGUCCGUAUGACUACAUACGCGUUUACGAUGGCAAAGAUGGGAAUAGUACAGCAAUCGGUACCUUUUGCGGUAUGGGGAAAUUUCCGUAUAGCAUAAUCGGUACCAGCGAGGACCUUUACAUAGAAUUUAUCUCAUCACCAGCUGGACCCCUUUUAAAUACCGGCUUUCAUUUUAAUGUUGGUAAUUUGCCGGGCCAUGUAAAGACCGAGGGCGUUCAAAAUGGUAGUUGUGAUUGGUUGUUAAACAGCGAGUCUUUACACAGCGGUAACGAAGGAAUAUUUCUUUCGGUUGCACACUGGUAUCCGCCGCAUACUAGUUGUACGUAUCUUCUCAAAGGUCGACCGGGAGAAAUUGCAAGACUUUAUUUUCCUAGUUUUCGAGUUAAUCGCAUCCAAUCGCCUAUACAACCAUACGAUGGUGAUUGCGGUGAAAGUUUGACUCUCUACGAUGCCGACUGGCCAGAUGAUGCUAAAAUUAUUAAAACUUUUUGCGACACGUUUAGCAAACCGAUGGAGAAACAUGAUUUUGUUUCGAGCUCAAACGCUUUAUUCGUCAAGUUUGAGAGCAAAACGGGAAGUUAUUCUGGUAGCUCGUUAUAUUAUUGGGCGCAUUAUGACUUUUUUAAUGUGACGAGAUUUGGCACCCCUGUUCCUGGAACCGAAUGUGACGAAACAUUUGCAUCUUGGAAAGAACGUUCUGGUCGAUUUCGAUCACCAUUAAAUACCCUCGUUUACAAGCGACCAGGUGAUCCACCGACAGAUCUUUCUUGCACUUAUACCUUUAUCACAGACAAGCGGUUAUAUGCACGAGUAAUUCUUAUUGUGGACUCAAUUUCAUUCAAAGAGCAUCCGUAUGCACAGUGCGGUCAAUGUUGGGAUAGUCGAGUCGAUCGAUUAAUUAUCAGAGAACCUCCUUUCAUACAUGUUAACGAUCAAUAUUCACAACAACAACAACAACAGCAGCAGCAGCAGCAGCAGCAGUAUCAUCAUCAUCAUCAGCAGCAGCAGCAGCAGCAGAAACAACAGCAGCAGCAGCAACAGCAACAACAGCGUCAACAACAAAAUAACAGUGUCGAUAGAGGUCAUUGUAUCUGUCGAUCGACAACGAUUAAUGAACCAAACGGUGAAGGUCAACCGGUACUUCGCGUAGUUUCACGAGGUGAGAAACUUGAGUUAAAACUUUUAAUAGAUGGUGCGCAUGCCGCAGCGAGCUACUUCAAACAAUCCUCACCGUUGUUCGAGGCAAGAUAUGAAUUUGCUCACAGUCCAUUAUGCGGACCAGCAAUUUUGCCAGCUACGACCGAUGGUGAAAUUGAAUUCCCUCAUUAUGAAGCACUCGGAUACGUUGCACCACCUCGAUCAAUCAAAUGUAUCUGGGAAUUACGUGUAAAUCGAGAUAGAGAUGUUUGGCUGCAUUUCGACAAAAUUAAGUUUGCCUCAAGAUCCUGUGAGGAUGGAAAAUUGGAAAUCUUUCUGCCUGGAACUGCAGAGCCAUUUCUUGGUAUAUGCGGUGAAAAUGUUAGUUAUGUUAGAGAAAUGCCAAUUAUAUCGGCAGCUCAGAUCGCUCCAUAUAUUCGUACACCUGGGAACCACGAUUCUGCACACUUCAAUAUGGAUUUUGACCAAGUUCAAACAUAUUUACAACAGUCAGCAUCACCGCCAAUGUCACACUCAUCGCUACCAACGGAGCAAUACCAAGAAGAAUUUGAUUGGCCGACCGUGAUCAUUCAAUUUACUGGAUCUAUGGCCCCAGCGAGAGCGGCAUUUAAAAUCGCCUGGACGGAAUUGUAUCAUCUGCCACGUGAUGCUUCAGGGUCUUUGAAUACACAAAAACUGGAAGAAUUUUGUGGAUUUCAAUGUCCGGGAAAUGCUGGUUGUAUCCCUAUGAGACUUGUUUGCAACGGUGUUAUUAAUUGCCCUGUACCAGAACUUCGAUCGAUGUUCAAAAAUACGCAUAAUAGUACCGGUUUGUUGACAAUCGUAGAGGAACCGAAUGAUGAAUCCAUUGAAGCUUGUGGAGCCGAUGUUGUCAGUAAACAUGGUAAUAUUGUCGGAUCUGGAAAUGGUGUUGGUGGUUUAGCAAGCGUUGUUGGUUCUGCCGGAUGGGCAGGAGCUGGUUUAGGCGCAGCCCUUGCUAUUCUUCUCGGACUUAUUUGCUUGAUUACUGUAUGCAAAAUUUGCAGGCAGCGAGCAACCUCUAGGGAUAUUCACGUAUCCUAUUGACAUAGACAUAGACACGGUCAUGGACACAAAUUCAAUUACAAAUGUGAACAUAAAUACCGAUACAAGUACAGGCACGUAAUCAUGGAAAACCUUUUCUGUUCUUUUCUUCUGUUUCCCAUGCUAGAUUAGCGGAUCUUUGUACAUUAUCUUGAUGCGAACACUAUCAGUGGAUGACGUUCGUAUUUGUGCCAGCGACCUGAUCGUAAAUCUUUGAAAGAAAUUUUAUCGCUCCACCCGUUUUAUCCACAUCGAUGGACAAGAAACAAGAAACAAUGGCAAAUUAGGUGGAUGACUGAUUAAGUAGGUAGAUAAAAUAGGUAAGUAUUUUAAAUAUACAUACAUCUAUACGUCUCCUCCAACCCCACCCCCCGCCAUCCCCUUCACCCUUCUCUAUGUGUGUGAUGCAUCACAAUUGCAAGUAUACAUUUUUAACCGAAAAAUCUGUUGCUUGGAACUAUUUCUUAGUUGAGGAAGAGCAUUUUAUAUAUCUAUCAUACAAUAAUAUUAACAGUUAUAUGACUUUCUUUUCCGAAUAUGUAUACGUAUAUUAAUAUACAUACGUACGCACGCACGCACGCACGCACACGCACGCGCACGCGCACGCACAU